AUGAGUUCCGGAGAGCUCCUCGGAAUCGAACCGCUAGAGCUCACGUUUCCUUGUAAGUUUUAUGUCUCUCCCUCUCUGUCUUUGUGAUCCAUGAAUUUGUUUAGGGUUUGGAGGUCCUGAUGAUGGCUCGCGCUUUUGACCGGUGGUGUUGCGAAAAGUUGAGCUGAAGAAGCAGAUCUCGUGUUCCCUCCAGUUGUCCAACAAGACGGAGGAUUAUGUCGCUUUUAAGGUGACACGGGUUUCCCUUACGUCGUUACAUUUUAUCCGGUUCUAAGAGAUCAGAGAUCUCUGGAAAAUUUUACCUUUUGUAUUAAUCAUGAUACGGAUAAUCUCUGUUGAUGGCGUUAGGUCAAGACAACGAAUCCGAAGAAAUACUGCGUUCGGCCAAACACUGGCGUUGUACUUCCUCGUUCCACGAGCGACAUAAUCGGUAUACCCAAUCAAUGCACAUUUAUAAUUUGCAAGUUGGUCAUGUGUUGAACAUUGCAUUGAUUUGUUUUUUUCCACUUUUCGUGUUGAAUCGUCGCCUGGUCUUGUGGAAAUCGAUUAGUGACAAUGCAAGCCCAAAAAGAAGCUCCUGCUGAUCUGCAAUGCAAGGACAAGUUUCUUGUUCAGAGUGUUACUGUGAGUCCAGGUUCUACCCUCAAGGACAUCACUGCGGAAAUGGUAGGCUCUCCUUGCCGACUUCUAGUCUUCACGAUGCCUCUCUUGCAGUAUAGCACGGCAAUCGUGGGAAUACUUGAAUGCCUUUUUCUGCAGUUCACAAGGGAUUCGGGAAAAAAUGUGGAGGAAUGCAAGCUGAAGGUGACUUAUGUGGCACCGCCUCAGCCCCCUUCACCGGUUCCUGAGGGCUCAGAGGAGGGAUCUUCUCCUAGGCCCUCAGUUUCUGAUAAUGGAACUUUAAAUGUCUCAGAGUUACAUGCUGUGAGUAGCUUAUUUUCAAUUCUUUCGGGAGAAAACAAGUGAGGUCUCACAUGAUCGUAUAAUUUAUUUUCAAUUUAUUUGACACAGGCUAGGAGUUCAUUGUCUGAGCCUCGAGAAGUAUCAACAGAUGUGAGAUUUUUUUUGUUUUUGUUUCAUUGCUUCUGUAGUUCCAAGUAACGAACUUGGGUUGCUCUUUUAUCCUUUGGUAUUAGAUACGUCCUGAAAACAUUCUUUUGUUGGUUCCUUGAGGUGCUUUGUAUGUAAACAAUUGAAGAAAUUCGCUUUCUCAUUGACAAUUUAUUUCAUUUAUUUUUUAUUUUUAUUUUAUUUUUAUCAAAUUCCCUGGUGAACACAUAAGAUACUGUCGAGGUUCGAUCCUUCUUUUCUCUCAAUAGAACCUAUGAAUUUUUCCCUGGCUUUCCUGUUGCCUCAUAUAUGCACUUCAAUAACCAAGUAGAUGCAUUCUAGUUUGAACAUUUAAGAUUUAUGAUUGUCUGGAAGCAUCUGUCUGAUUCCCAGUAUAGAUAAUUUUCCCUUAUCUUUAUUGAAGUCACCACCUCUAACCAUACCAUGCUAUCUUUUUAAUAAACAUUUUGUGUUUGAUUUUCAUGCACUAUCAAUUAUUGGUCCCUCUACUUGUGUAUACAAAUAAUUGAUUCUCAUCCACUUUAUACUAUUUUAUGCUCUCUAUUUAUGGAGCCUCAAAGACUGAGUCUGGAUCUUAAUGGUCAUUAAUCAUCUAUUUAUUUUUAUUUUUAUUCUCAAAAACUUUGUGGCCGAUUGAUGGGACCUUAGAAAACAGAAUGAUCUGACAUAUAAAACAUCUACGCUUUAUUCUACAUUUUCUACUAUUGGUUUCAUUUAUGCUCUUUUCGUGCUGGAUAUCAUAGAUUUACAUAUAUCUGAGAGUUUUUAUCAAGUUUCAUUUUUUCCCUUGCGGAAAUUAGAUGAUAGUAAUCUCUCUGAAUGCUGUAAGGUUGGUGCUAAUAUGCAAACAUGACUGAUUUUAUCUUGGAAAAGCUAAUAAGUCGUGUUGUGAGUUUUCAUUAUACUUUGGCCACUGUGUUAGCGAUCUGACCUAAAUAGCUCUGAAUGCUUUUGUUCUCAGUAUGGGAAUUUCCCAUUCAGGCGAUUGAUGUAGUUUUCUUGCAAACACAAAUGUUAUUCUCAGGUAUCUCUAGCGAAGGAGUAUGCUGGGAUAUUAGAAGGGGGUCUGUAGAUUCUAGAAAAAAACCUUAAAAUAAUCAUCCUGAUCAAAUGGGAUAAUCACUUAUUCUCUCAGGGAAUUUUUGUUUUGUCUUUUAUUGGCAUUCUUCUAGCUUUUCAUUCUAUUGAUGUCAACUUUUCCACAAAAUUCAGUUAAGUUCUUACCAGAUAAGCAUACCUACGAAGAAAAGAAGACAAUAUUCGUCUUCAUUUCUGUUUCAUCAAGGCCACUUCGCUACUAGUUUUUGGCGUGUGUUGAACGCCAAAAUCCCAUCAGCUGGAUUUGAGAUCAAAUUAUGGCAUGCUCUUCUCGUGGGGAGAAUGGUGGUUAGAUGUGAUCAUUUGUUUUUCAAUAUUGUGACUAUACCCUUUAGAUUCUCAAUUUUUUGUUUUAUAUUUUUUAAAAUUAGGAAUUUAAAUCUCUUGGAGAUUGUUAUAAAGACUAGAAGCUCACUUUGAAAGUUGCCAUCGUUUUUGUUAUGAUCUCUCUUUUUGGAAUUACCCCCGAUUUCCUUACUUUUUUCCCGGUUAGUAUGCUGCCUUGAGGGAUCGGUAUGAUUUCCUUACGUUUUUGUUGUGGCUGCUGUAUACCUGCUGUAGUUGGCAACUAAAUAAUUUUUUGAAGUCUUUAGCCAUUGUUUUCUUGGAAUUUAAUGUGUCGUUAUUCUAUUGUUUUUUACUCAUUUUUAGAUGACUGCCAGCAUAGAAUGCUCUCAAACAUUUCGUUUAUUUUAUUGUGGAAGUAAAUUUUUAUUUGCAUAUAUUUCCAGGCCUCAGCACUUGUUUCAAAGUUGACUGGUGAGAAGAAUUCUGUCAUCCAACAGAAUAUCAAGCUUCAGCAAGAACUGGUGAGGAUUGAUGUACUACAUUUAUCAGCCAUCUCCCAAUGAACCGCUUCUUUGUUGGGUUAGGGCCUCCAGCAUGUUAUACGUGAUGAUGAUCCAUGUUAUAUGUGCCAUCAAGAUAGCUAACCGUUCCCUAGUGAAGAUCCAUGUUCUAUGUGCCAUCAAGACUACUAACCAGUCGAUAUCUUCAUUUAGACUGCUGUUUUUCUCUGGAAUAUUUUUCUACAAUUUUCAGGUUUUUUUUUUUUUUUAAGAUGCUUUUUUCGGAUCAUAACAUCGGAUGGCUUAGGGUUUUGCCAUAUUGGUGGUAGUAACACGAUGAACUCGAUGACAUGCAGGAGCUCUUGAGGCGAGAACGGAGGAAACAUAGUGCGCACUGGUUCUCACUGACGGCAGUGGUGAUCGUUGCUAUACUGGGAUUCCUCUUUGCGUACUACCUUACGACAUGA